AUCCUAGGAUGCUCUGCAGGUUGGAUGACGGCAGGAACCACGUACGUGCCCCAGCGGUCAGCCCGCAGCGAAGGCGUGCAUCUUCUAGGUGCGGCUGCCGGAGGACACGCUCACUCGAUGGAUUGGAAUGUCCCUUCGCACUUGCUAAGAGGUCAGAAAUGGACCAUAACCACAUCUGACACUUACUGAGCAGGAACGAAAAGAAUCUGCAGAAGGAGAACAAAGAAAGGGCUGAGCGGCCGGUGGCGGUCCCCAACACUGACUCACCCUCUUUAAGUGGACUAAAGGAUUCAUUAAACCUCAAUGCAGAGUAAACAGCACGAGCUCUUCCCUUGGACAUAUGGGGGACCCACACCAGCAGCAAGUCUCUGAAUUAAAGCUCCCGGGUUGCUCGGCAACGGGGUAGCCAAUCCUCCGCCCUGCUAGGUAACCUGAGGGCAUAUAAUCCGUCCUUUCGGCAUCCCCUCCUCCCGUCUGGCGUUGGCGUCAUCAUUUCCAGCAAGAGCACAGCCCCCCUGAGACUCUGCGGUUUCAGAUUGGCCAACUGUAGGCUCCAGAAGCUCCCUGGGGCCUCAAGUCACUGAACUGCCAUGUCUGGGAAUCCAGUGCCAACCUCAGAACAGAACAGUCAUGUUCUACAGGCUACUAAUCUUAGGCAGUCAGAGAAGAAGUGUUCAUGGGCCUCCUACAUGACGAACUCCCCGACACUUAUUGUAAUGAUUGGCCUGCCAGCCCGGGGCAAGACCUAUGUAUCCAAGAAACUCACCCGCUACCUCAACUGGAUUGGGGUCCCCACCAAAGUUUUUAAUCUCGGGGUGUAUCGACGUGAAGCAGUCAAAUCAUAUAAAUCCUACGACUUCUUCCGUCAUGACAAUGAAGAGGCCAUGAAGAUCCGAAAACAGUGUGCCCUGGUGGCCCUACAAGAUGUUAAGGCAUAUUUCACAUAUGAGUGUGGUCAGAUUGCGGUAUUUGAUGCUACCAAUACCACCCGGGAAAGAAGGGACCUGAUCUUGAACUUUGCCAAGGAGAACGCCUUCAAGGUGUUCUUCGUGGAAUCCGUCUGUGAUGAUCCUGAUGUGAUUGCAGCCAACAUUCUGGAAGUGAAGGUCUCAAGCCCGGACUACCCGGAGAGGGACAGGGAGAAUGUGAUGGAGGACUUCCUGAAGAGAAUCGAGUGUUACAAAGUCACCUAUCGGCCUCUUGACCCUGACCACUAUGACAAGGAUCUGUCCUUCAUCAAGGUGAUCAAUGUGGGGCAGCGGUUCCUGGUGAACCGGGUUCAGGACUAUAUCCAAAGCAAGAUUGUAUACUACCUCAUGAACAUUCACGUCCAGCCCCGAACCAUCUAUCUUUGUCGUCAUGGAGAGAGCGAGUUCAACCUAUUGGGCAAGAUCGGUGGUGACUCUGGUCUCUCGUCCCGAGGAAAGCAGUUUGCUCAAGCACUAAGGAAGUUCCUGGAGGAACAGGAAAUUGUGGACCUCAAAGUAUGGACCAGCCAGCUAAAGAGAACCAUCCAGACUGCAGAGUCCCUGGGUGUGACCUAUGAGCAAUGGAAGAUCCUGAAUGAGAUUGAUGCUGGUGUGUGUGAAGAGAUGACCUAUGAGGAGAUUGAGAAGCAAUACCCAGAAGAGUUUGCCCUUCGGGAUCAAGACAAGUAUCUGUAUCGCUACCCUGGAGGGGAGUCAUACCAGGACCUGGUGCAGCGGCUGGAGCCGGUCAUCAUGGAGUUAGAGCGCCAAGGCAACGUCCUCGUCAUCUCCCACCAAGCUGUCAUGCGCUGCCUUCUGGCCUACUUCUUGGACAACAGUGCAGAUGAGCUGCCCUACUUGAGGUGCCCACUCCACACCAUCUUCAAACUCACACCUGUGGCCUAUGGAUGCAAAGUGGAAAUAAUAAGUCUCAAUGUGGAAGCUGUGAACACUCACCGAGACAGGCCUGCUGCAAAAAUGGGGCUGGCCAUGUGAAGGGACUCUACCCCAGAGCCCCUCAAGAUGCCCGGCUCUGGAUAAGGAGGCCAGGGCCAGAUAUCUCCAGGAGACGCAGCCAGAUCUACUGUUCACUGCCAAACUUGGGACUUCGGCGCUGCAGGGGCUAGAGCAGGAAGCUAAGUGGGGGAAGCUGGGCUUUGGGGACCAUUCAGAAGAGUCCUGGAAAACAAAUGGCAAACAUAACUACAUUUUCUCUCCAGUGGAUACCAUGAAUAUCAGCCAGGCUGGGAAACUCAGUGUAUCCUAGGCUCCUUCAUGGCCUGGACCAGCUUCUCUGAACGGAAGUUUCACUUUGUUUUUAAUUCUCUCUUUGCUGGAUUUAGCCUGCAUGGAUUAUGCUGGCUUUUAUUUAGACAUUCUAUGCCCUACCUGUGGCUGCCUGUACCUUUAGCUGACUGCUUUAUCUCUGGGCACUAAGGCCAUUGUCUGAAUUUUGUUGUUACCUGGUGAGGGGACUAAUCUCUACAAGGACUGGAGCUCAGCCUGGGCCACUCAUCACCCGCAGUCCCUUUCAGGCAGUCACCUCUGAAGCCCAGACCCCACUUUCACCUUUGCAGGACACUUCUGCCCUCUUACGAACAAGAAAGGGAAGAGGUUUGGGGAUGCACUCAGUGUCUUUGGUGAAAUGGCUGCCACUGUUUCAAAGGAAGUCCUUUGCUUUGAAACUAUUUUUCUUGAUUUUAGGUUCUUGGCCCAGGCUCCUUAAGGGCAGAAUUUUCUGAAAGGCCCUCCAAGAUAAGUCCAUGCUUGCUCCUGAUUUCUCCCUUGUAGUUACUGUCUUUUCCAAUACUGGAUUUUUUUUUUCCGCCUAAUGCUGUGUGCCUCUCCUAGCUGGAGGAGAGUACAGUUCCAGUUGGGAAGGAGAUUGACAUCCUAUACGCUUCCUUUUGGCAAUGGAACAAAGCUUUUUAGGAAAUAACUUCAUCUGAAAUUUCUCUGCGCUUCAAACUAUCAGACCCUCAGUAGCAGGGUCUGUCUCAGGGCCUCAUGGUCUCCAAGGAGGCUGUGACUAAUUAAGGAAGCUGUCAGCGAGGCGUGAAGACAGCAGCUUGGCCUGCCACCCCUCCCACAGUUGGCCUGUCCCCGGCUCUAGGGGUCCAUCCAGCUCCUUUGUCAGACGGAGCUUGUAGGGGCAAGGGGAAAGCAGAUGCACUCAGGGCUUGGGAGCUGGCUCCCUUUGGUUUCUCUUAAAGGCUAUAGGGCUAUUGCCCUACCACUCUGCACUGGACUGUGCCAGAAUAAAGGGGUACGGCUUACCCCACGUGGCGGUCAGAACUUCUAAAGCAAACCUGGCUAGUCUGACAAGGAUAAUGCGCUUUUAAAAUUUUUGUCUUUGUUUAUAAUUUUAAAAAAGUCACUGAGAUGAGCAUGUCAUGGGGAUGGAGGGGAGUGAAGAAAAGGGGGGCUUUCAAGGAAGAAAGACAAAUAAUUAAGAAGGGAACUUUCCCCAUGUGAUCCUACUAUUACAUGGGAGAUACAGGGUUCUUAAUUACCUAACAUGUGAAGGUCUGAGCUGCAGGCAGUUCAACCUCCCAGUGAUUACAGGCUACACAUAUACCCUUGCAUCCAGGUAGCCCUUCAACCUUCCCUGUAACAAGUGAUUUUUUUUUUAACCUGGCUACUGGAAGCCAAUACUUGGAAAAUUCUCUCAUUCUCGCUGCCUCUUUGUAUGCAUUCUGGUGUUGUCUUCGUUUUGGUUUAUGGCUUUGUUUCAUCCUUGCAGGGCAUUUGAGUUUGCCACCCAAAUAAUGAAUUCCUCUUUACUGGAUGUCUUCAAGCAAAGCACUGGUGGUGUGUUUUUUACCUUGCUUAGGUAGGAUGGCCUCUGAGGGUCCUUCCAACUUUGAUAUUCUGUGGGGGUCAGUUUUUCCAGCAAAGAUUUUUUUUUUUUUGGUAAAGUGAAUUUGCCUUAUGUGAAUCCUUUUUUCCUCUACUGAGUUUCUUUUAUAAAAUCAUUUCCAAGGAAAAAAAGUUUUAGCUUCCAGAAGUCAUAAAAUGCCUCAGAAUGUAAUAAAUCCUUUAAAUUGUGCACUCAGGGAAAAAAAAUGACAAAUUCUAGACAAGACAAUAAGAUACAAAACAUUUAAUAAUACUGUUCAGAGGAUUAAUAAUUUAAAACUGCCUAUUUUAUGAACAAUGAAUUAGUAGACAAUACUUAAUGUUUCUUAUCUAUGCAGCUCAUUGAGGACCAGUGCCUAGCACAGCGCCUUGCACAUACAUAGGGAGCAACUUUAAUCAAAAGUUGUUAGCUCGAAUCAUUAGCACUUCAGAAAUGGUAUUUAUGUCUGUGUGACCUUGGAACAAUUCACCCCUCUGGGCCUAAAUUUCCUUAUCUGUAAAAUGUGGGGAUUGGACUAAUUGAUUAGAGGGCCUUUCCAGCUUUAAAUGGAUGAUCUAACAAUCCUGAAGUUCUUCUCAGCUUCAAACUGAUGAUUUGUGACUCUUAGUUUUCUGAAUUGAUUGCUGAACAUUAAUCUGCUGCUAUUGCACCUUGGUAGAAGGUGCAAAAAAUACCAAUGACAUCAUAGAUUCAGAACAAAAAAAUCAGUGGGUCAAUUUGAGCUCCACUGUAUACAUUAAACAGUUCCUGGAACCCUUUAACUGGAUGUGGUAAUAGAAACAAUGAUAAGAUUAGCUUUUACCUUCUUGUUGGAGGAAAUUUCUGAUUCAGUGAACAAACUUAUGAAGCUGAGAAUUGUUAGGUUAAGUGAGUAGGGGCAUGUGUAUAAAUAAGCCCUGGUAAAUAUGUUUGCCAUCAAUAUCAAGACCAGCACUGUCGUGAUGCUGUGAGAGUUUAUGAAAAUUUCAGGCUGCUUGGUGGGGUAUUUUUGCAUUCAGUCCCCUGACUAAGAAGGAUAAAUGGGAUCCUUCUUCCUUCCCAUUUCACAGUGCUCCCUGAGAGCAGAGACUGUUUCCUUUCAGUCUUUGCAUUUCCAGCACCUAGCAUGUGAUAAGCACUCAGAUGUUGAAUAUGUGGAGUUUGAAUAGCUGAGACCUUUAGAGGCUGUGACACACCCAAGGUCACAAAGUAAAUCCUUGAUAGAGCUAGAAUGAAAGUUUCUACCACAUUACAGAGUGAAUGGUAAGGACUGUAACUGUAAACAGCCCUCCUAAUCACAGCUAAUAGCCUUAUUAGGAGCUAGGCCAGAAGCUGGUGGUCCAAAGCAUUCUUCAGUCUUAGGUGAAGGUUAUUAUUAUCCCUUAGUUCUAACUCAUGAAUGAGAUCAGCAUUUUUUUCUCACCAGGUAAUCCUCCCUAGGUGGCCCAAACCUCACUCAUGGUGGUAAUCUUCAACUUGUGCCCAGGCCAACCAAUUCCCCACCAUCACCCCAAUAUACACACUUGGUAGCCCCAAGGUGUUGCUUGUCAUUCUGCUAGGAGUUUUUGUUGGGGUUUUUUUAAAUGAACUGGAAGGGAUUUUAGAGAUCAUCUAGUCCAGUACCCUCCUACUUAAUAUAAGAGGAGAAAAUGGCCCAAAGAGGGGAAAAUGACUGGGAAUAUACUGUAAUUAUUUGGAAUAUAAAGGGAAAAAAAGAAACAUAAGCGGUUCACUUAAUCAGUUCUGCUUUUUUUCAAGUGAAAGAGGCACUUGUUUUAAUGUUAAAAUGUUCAGUUUUGUAGUGGAGAUAAUAUAGAAGAUGAGAAUGAGGGAAGGAAGGAGGAAAAGGAGCAGGUCCUUUAAAGGUGACUGCAUUAGCACAAAGAAUAGAGCUUCCUAUUUCCAUGGUGUAGAUUUCUUUUUUGAAAAAAAGUUCAAGGCACUUUUUCCUCUUCACCCCAUUUUCCUGAUUUUUUUCCUCCCUUCCUUUACCCCAUUUUACUGAUUUUUCUUCCUUCCCUCACCCCAUUUUCCUGAUUUUUUUUCUUUCCUUCUCUCACCCCACUUUCUAGAUGGAGCAUGAGAAACUUCUCUUGCAGCCCUGGCAGCACUUUAUAUAUUAUUAAGAAUGGCAAUAUGAUUUUCUUUUCUUUUUGUCUAUGUUUUGUUUUUGUUCAAGCCAGCAGUGAAAAAAACAUAGGUCAGACUUUAACAGCACCUUGAGGUAACUGGCUGAGGUGUAGGAACUCUGUUCGGCCUCUAGGAGGAAGCAGUGUUUUCUCCAUCAGGAGACCUGUGGUCUAGCUCUGGUGCUGGCCAGGUGUAAAAGAGCCUCCAUCUAAUCUACUUCCAGAUUCCUCCAGGGGAGCCUUCUACAGUCAGCUUCACCUCCUACGGUGUCCCUCCUCUGUUACUGCCAUUUUAGAAUCCCGAUACAAUGGAAGGAAGGAAGCUGGACAUUCCUGAGGCAUUAUUGACUAUGAUUUGUUAAAUAUUAUUUUACAUAUGUGCUUCCCAGAAUCACUUCUGGCACCGGUUAAUUGCUUUUUUUUCUCAUUGAUUUCUGGGUGACUCUAGACUUUGAAGCCAGCCUGGAGUACAUAUAAUAUGGUGAAUGUGAUAGGGGGGAGGGGAGGGUGGGAGUUGAUUUGUGGGGUGGUCUCAGAUUUGGGAGUGGGAGGGAGAGGAAGGAAAAGCACUUUCAGCCAUAAAGUCUGCCAGUGUCUUAUUUUGGAGAUGUGGGGAUGAAGAAAUGGCAUAUGCUUUGAGUUACUAGAAAAGGGAAAUUUGUGUUAUUCUUGAAGAAUGGUUUGAAUUUUCUUAUUUGUAUUUAUACCUAAGAAAAUAUAUAAGUAAACUGAUCUCUUCUUUCUGAAUGUACUGCACAGAAGCCAUUGCAAUGAGGCUUAUUUGCAAUAAAGCAUUUUCUGAAAUUC